ACAAUUGUUUGUACAAAAACCUCACAUUUUUACUAAUUUUUCAACAUUUAAUUGUAAUUUUAUUUGUGAUUUAUGCUAAGGUUUUAAUUUCUUAGGAUAUAGUACAUUCUUUUCUUUAAUUUUUAAAAAAUUGAUCAAUUUCACAUGUGAGGCAAUUGUAGACUUAAAAUAUUUAGUUGCAAAGUCUUCGGUAAGUCAAAAUGAAGUAGUGGAAGUUUGAUAUGGAUUAAUUUACUGUUAUAUGCUGGCUGUGUCGAAUAUAACAAUAUUUAUUUGCAUCAUAUUGUUUUCACAAUCAGUGACAGAAUUGUUUACAAACAGAUAUUCCAAUUGGCCUUCUUUUUACCUAAGAAGAGCACACAGUCCUAAAGAGCAGUUUGAAAGAUCAGAAUAUGUUAAUGAUGAAACCAAAGACAACAGGAAAUGGCACAAAGUACAAGUUUUUAGCCCUGGUUUAAUAGAAUAUAAAGAGUCAAAUAGCAAUAGAAAAAUUGACGAGUAUAAAGGGGCGAAUAAAUGGCAGCAAUUGGCUACUUUAGACAACUGGCCAUAUACAUAUCUUAAUAAAUCAAAAAUUACCAAUUUCAAUGAUUACAAUGAACCGGAAUCAGCCUAUAAAAUGGAUCCAAAUCCAUUCAGAGAAAAAAAUUUAGUGGAAAAUGAAUUUGUUUUGGAUAGUAGAAAAUCAAAAUGCCGAGAAAAAUCAAAAGGUCAACAGUUAGACCAGUUGCAGUGCUUUCCUGAAAGUGGAAAAGCAAAAGCUCCUACCCUUUUACCAGAACCGAACUACGAUCCAGACUAUGAAAGUGCCCUGAACGGGGAAACGGCUGAAAAAAUUACUACCGAAAUAUUCAAGAUAAUCCUUAACAAUAAAUUUCUAUCAGAUGAGCUGGGGAUAUCUAUGGAUGACAUGGCCGAGUUACAGAAUGUUAUGUUCAGAGGACCUUUGCAAACAAGUCAAAACUGUUGUAAAUUUAUAGAUAGUGGCUUAAAAUGUUUUCUUUCUUGGAUCACUGAUUGUGAUACCAGGGAUUAACAUUACUAGUUCCAUCGUUUUAAUCCCAAAAACAGAAAGAACUCAGUUUUUACUAAGGCAUUUCAAAUAGCCUGGAGAAGAGGUAAAAAAAUAUAAUAAAAGAUCACAAGUAGUCAAAAAAAUUUAUCAACAGUCUUUUCAUCAGUA